AUGAACGUGGUUGACAAGUACCCGGCCUCCUACCCCAUCUCGAAACCAGAUAACCAGCAUGGAGGCCGCACAUCAACAAGCAUCGUGAGCCCCGACACGCUCCCGGACAACUAUGUGGCCUACCAGUGGAAGAUGUACUUGAAAGAGAUCGAUCCUCAACGACUUCUUGAAGGAGGACAGCAUCAGAUCACUAACACGAGCACUUCUCGACUGCACUGUCGAAGAGCUCUACAUUCCCGUUCGCGAGACAGGGUCAGCAACAGCAGCAGCAGGGUGGCGGUGGUGUCACGAGCCAACCAGAGCGGGAACGUGGUCACGAACGAGCGCCAUUUGGUCGUCACACGCAACUCCAUCAUCGGCCAGAUGAACGACGCCUCGGGCAAGUCGAAGUCGCAGCAGGUCAUCGUCCUCGAGACUAUGGUGACGAAGCUCCACGACGUCUUGGAGUCGCAUUCGGUCGAGGAUGAGGAACUCGACGAGGUCGUGGCCAUGAUCAAGUAG